AUGAACAGGAAAUUGCUUUUUCUUCUCCUAGCUAUAUGCACAGCCAUAGUCUUCACUGUAGUUUUGGUUUUCCAAACAAGAGGAGUGAAGAAGCCCAAGGUAUGUGUGUGGCAGGCCCAGGAGGGGAGCAGUCUGGGGACAGACCAUGAUGUCCACAUCCAGAUAUUUGAUGACUUAUGUCCAGAAGAGUUGGUCCAAGUGAAGAGGUACUUGCAAGUCAACUUGGGGGUGCCACUGGUAGAUCCUCCUCAGGCCAAGCCAUCUGACAAUUGCAUAUAUUCCAUCGUCCUUCAGCUUCCACCCAAAGCAGAGGUGCUGAAAUUCCUGGAUCAUCAAGGGACCAGGCCCACACGAGAAGCUCUGACUGUGGUCUAUUUUGGAAAUCAGGAGGAUCCAAAUGUCACAGAGUAUGUGGUGGGUCCUCUUCCAAAGCCAACAUACCAUCAAGACAUCACAGCACAGAAGUAUGGAGGGAGGUUGCCUUACUACCGAAGGUUUCCUUUGAGCAAUGAGUUGAAAGAAAUCCAUACUUUUUUGAAGAAUAAGGAAUACCCCAAAGCUCCAAAUUUUAUGCAGAAGGUAAUUGAUUACAAUGGAGCCAACCUGAUUUAUACCCAUGGAUUGCCACCAGGACUGAAGUCAGGGGACCGCAAAAUUUGGUUGUGUCAUUUUCAGAAUGUUUCUGGAUAUUUUGUGCAUCCGGUUGGAAUGGAAGUGCAGGUGGAUGUUAGCAGCUGGAAUAUUUCCCAGUGGAAGGUGCUGAAGGUGUUCUAUAAUGGACAAUACUUUGAGGACAUGGAAGAUAUUGAGAGACAGUUCAAUCAGGGGCAGGUUAAGGUGGCUAAAGUCAAAAAGGCUCCUCUUGAUGGUGGAUACUCAUCCCUGAAGCCGAGGGUGCCGCACAAGGGGCCAGGCCCAUUGCACUAUGAGCCUCGUGGCCCACGCUACAGCAUCAGGAAUAACCAAGUUGUCUUCAUGGGCUGGAGUUUUGCCUUUGGGAUGGAUGCUAACAGGGGACCACGUGUCUUUGACAUCCGGUUUAGGGGUAAGAGGAUAGUCUAUGAGUUAAGCUUGCAGGAUGCAAGUUCUAUCUAUGGAUCCAACAAUCCAGCAUCAAUGCUGACCAGAUACAUGGACUUAGGCUGGGCUCUUGGAAUUGAUAUCUUCACACUCACUCAGGGUGUGGAUUGUCCUUACUUGGCUACCUAUUUGGACAGGCACUAUUUCAUUGAUUCAUCCUUACCUGUCACCCGCAAAAAUUCUAUUUGCAUCUUUGAGCAGAAUUCUGAGUUGCCUAUACGACGCCAUUAUGAUAGUGCACAGACUCCUUUAUAUGGAGGGUUGGUUGACUCCGCCCUUGUCUUCAGGUCCAUAACUACAUCUGGUAACUAUGACUUUGUCUGGGAUUUUAUAUUUCAUCAAAAUGGGGCUGUUGGAGUCAAGGUACAUGCCAGUGGGUACAUUCUAUCUGCUUUUUACUUUGGUGAUGCCAGAGAAUUUGGCAACAGGGUUGAGGAGUGGACAUUAGGAACAAUUCACACCCACAACAUUCAGUACAAAGUGGAUAUGGACAUUGGUGGUAAGUGUCUGCCUCCUUUUUUAGUUUCAGAAAAUGCAGUGAUUUAUGUGUUUGAUUGGUGA